AUGACAGAAGAAGAAGCAUUCUCCUAUCUGCGCGAGAACCUGCUUAUGACGUCAGCGGCGGAGAAGCUUUGCGUGGACCGGGAACCUUUCCUGAACGAUAUCAUAGCCGCGAUGCAACACCAUCUUCCCUUCCACACUAUCAAGAGUCCAGUCACCCCACAUGAAGAGAGGCACCUACCAACCUUGCAGGAAAUCAAAGAAGACAUGUUUGCAGGAACGGGUGGUCUUUGCUACGCCCUCAACGUCUUCUGCAGGAUGUUGCUUAGGGCGUUGGGUUUUGACGUAGUCUUCGUGCCCAGUGACUGUCGAGGGUACAAGGAUGUUCACAUGUUGCUGAUCGUGCGUCACCUGACAGCUGUAGGAAGCAAUCACAUGGUAGACGUCGGGUCGAGAUGUCCGUCAUUUCGCGCCAUUUCGUUCGACUUCACGGGGCAGACUUCGCCGGCGUAUCAUGAUUCCUUCUUGCGCUACCGGUUCGUCCGUGAAGGAGACGCUGUUGUCCGACAGCACACCAUUAUCAGCGACUCAGAUAGGGCAGAGGUGUUUGACGCGACAUCCGGGGAAAGGUUCUCUUACAUAACCAUCCAUUACAAGAAAUAA